AAGCUUUAUGUCUCUAGGGCUCAGCAGACAGUUCAGUACCGACCGUCCCUCGUGAUAAUCACCCAUAAUGAAGAUUCUCCUUGCACUGGCUUGUGUCCUCCUGCUGGCGUCCCUUAGCCAGGCUGGUGGACACGGGGGUGGCCAUGGAGGCGGACAUGGUGGUGGCUACGGUGGGGGUGGUGGUGGACACGGAGGUGGACAUGGUGGAGGCUACGGUGGUGGUGGACACGGAGGCGGCUAUGGUGGUGGACACGGAGGCUACGGAGGAGUCGGUGGGACAUCUAACAACAAUUACAACAUUGCUGGUCCCAAAGGUGGAUAUGGACAUGGCGGUGGACAUGGUGGCGGCUACGGUGGUGGUCAUGGUGGCGGCUACGGUGGUCAUGGUGGUGGUCAUGGUGGUGGACACGGUGGCGGCUACGGUGGUGGACAUGGCGGUGGACAUGGUGGACACGGUGGUGGCGGUUAUGGCCAUAGGAAAUAGGUUGUUUUAUUUCGGUAGAACCAAACACCACGAAGGAGGGGAACUCUUCGAUAUUCAGGAUUAUCUGGAACACCUCACUCUUCCAGAUACGAGAGUGAGAGUCAUAUGUGUUGUAGAGACCCAAAUGUAUAUUUUCUUUUAAUAAACCUCAUGUUUUCA